AGGACGUAACACAAAUCCAGAGAAAACAGAGGAAAAGGAAAAAAAGGAUUAGCUUUCAUUGUGUAAUUUCUAGUUUUUCUACUGCCCACCAAAUCCCAAUACCCUAAAACCAGGAAAUACGUUUUUGGAUCUUUCCUCUCUCUCUCUCUCUCUAUCUCUCUGUCUCCUCAUUCAUUUCACCAAAUCCCCUUCUCCCAGCAUUUAUUUCCCAAGAUCUAUCUCUCUCCCCUCCAACAACUUUUCAGUAUUGGAGCCUGUCACCCCCAAAGAACAAGUUAAAAACAAACAAACAAAGAAAGAGGUGCAGAGAUGGAGGUGAGCCAAUUGCAGAACAGUUUUCUUGGGUACAUGGCAGAAUUAUUUCGUGAGGGAUUCUUGGAUGCUCAGUUUAGUCAGCUCCAGCAACUUCAGGAUGAAAGCAACCCUACUUUUGUAGCUGAAGUUGUGACUCUCUUCUUUGAAGAUUCUGAAAGAUUACUCAAUGAUCUCAACACAACUCUUAAUCAGCCAGAUGUGGACUUUAAGAAGGUUGAUGCUCAUGUUCAUCAGCUCAAAGGUAGCAGCUCAAGCAUAGGUGCUCAGAGAGUGAAGAAUGUCUGCGUUGCUUUUCGCAACUUCUGUGAAGAACACAACAUUGAAGGGAGCUUGAGAUGCUUGCAACAAGUAAAACAAGAGUACUUGCUAGUCAAGAACAAGCUUGAAACUUUAUUCAGGUUGGAGCAGCAGAUUGUGGCAGCAGGUGGAGCAAUUCCAAUAUUCGAAUAAAAACAUAAGCAAACAAUAAUACUAGGAAUUAAGCUAAGGCUGUGGUGUGGACAACUUUGUGAGUUGCUGUGUUUAGUAACAAAAUUACUAAUUAAAUUAAGAGGUUCUCUGAGCUACUCAGAUCUGUGCUUCUUGUACAAUUUGAUGGCCAUGUCAUGCAGUGCUAUCAUCCUUUUUAUGCAGUGAUUUUUGUCAUUCUGAACCCCAAUGCUGCUGCUGCUGCUUAUUGAUGAAAAUGAAAUUAGUUUCUGAUAA